AUGGACAACCGAGUCGGUAGAUUACAGGUGCAGGCCUUUGUGGAGACCUGGGGCCAGAAGGCGGCCACCAUCAACCCGCACCUUGCUGCACUCUUGAGGAUUAACCAAGACGACGGUGCCGUCUAUUCCAUCCUACUGGACUGCACUAUGGCACUACUUAGCAGCGGCAUAGGCUAAACCAGCCUCUUGGACUGGCAGCCCGAUUUGUAACACUCACUACCAAGGACUUGGGGGGACCUGGCCCAAUUGGCUUGCAUGAACUCCCCUCACUGGAUUUCCACCCGCGGACACACUUACCACAUGGCAAUAUGGUAUCAUCUAGUGGUUGCAUUUAGCUAAUAUGUAUGACAUACUUAUGUAUAACGCCUUGCAUUUAACUGCUACCCUUACAGCAGCCUACGCUGAAAAUUUGUUGUAUUUUGUGUUGCACAUGUGGUGUUUCUAGGGCUCGCAGUGUUUGGCAGGAAUGUGGUGGCCACAUACAUAUUGGCUAACACAUGAUAUGUUUAGGCAGUCAACUGUUAUGACUCUCGAUUGACUAAUAGGUCACAUGUGUAAAGCACUAGUUUAUUCUUAUACUUCUCACUCACAUAGUCAGCCAGCACAACCUAUGUUUUACCAAUUGCAGUGCUACCGUUUCACCGACUACUACCUUGUUCAAGCCUGAUGUCUCUAAUGUAAAAAUGUGCUUGUUGUUUCUUUUUUUUCUUGUUUUAAAUGCGCAUACAUUUAAACAGCUAGCCUGCUUUACACCCUAGGCGCAAUUCGCAAUGCUCUGUAUGUGUCUGGCUUCACAAAAAUUGAAGCUAGACAAAUAUACAUAUAUUUUAAGCACCCUGUCAACUUAAUUCGAAUGGGCCUAUUACCUCAGCAAGUUCCGGGCAGGGCCAGACUGGCCCACCGGGAUACCGGGAAAUAUCCCGGUGGGCCGCGGCACCUGGGGGGCCGGAGAGAGGGAGCCCUGCACCCUAAUAUUUUAAUCCGGCGGCACACUCUGAGGUGAUUACUCACCUUGCGGCCGGCGGCCCCAUCUCCUGUGCUGACAGCUGUCAGUAUCAGUGAGUGUGCCGGGCGGCCGCCUAAGCAAUCCGGCGGCACACUCAUUGAUACUGACAGCUGCGCAGCUGUCAGCACAGGAGGACUGAGGGAGGGGGCGGAGCUAGCUACCAUGCUCCCUCGCAGUUCCCAUAAUUCCCAGCAUCUACACAUCAUAGAGUAGGGAUUACUCUAUGAUGUGUAGAUGCUGGGAAUUAUGGGAACCGCGAGGGAGCAUGGUAGCUAGCUCCGCCCCCUCCCUCAGACCUCCUGUGACAAGGUAAGCAGGCACACAGAAGGGGAAGGGGGGGAGACAAAUAGAGGGGAAGGGGGGGAGACAAAUAGAGGGGAAGCGGGAGACAAAUAGAGGGGAAGGGGGAGACAAAUAGAGGGGAAGGGGGAGACAAAUAGAGGGGAAUGGGGGAGACAAAUAGAGGGGAAUGGGGGACAAAUAGAGGGGAAUGGAGGGAGACAAAUAGAGGGGAAUGGAGGGAGACAAAUAGAGGGGAAUGGGGGGACAAAUAGAGGGGUAAUAGAGAGACACCAGGGAAGGGGGGACAAAGAGACAGAGGGGUAAUAGUAGGUUGGGGGGACAAAGAGAGGGGUAAUAGAGAGACACAGGAGAAGGGGGGACUCAGAGACACAGGGAGGAGUUGGGGAAGAGAGACACACGGAAGGUUUGUUGGGGGGACAGAGAGACAUGCAGUAGGGAAGGGGAACAAAGUGACAAGAUUUGUGGGAGGCAACGCUGGGCUGAUAAAAAAGAGACAGAGAGUGACUGGGAGAAGAGAAAGAGGCACACAGAGUCUGGAGUUAGAAAGAGACACACAGAUGAGAUUUGGAAGGGGAGAAAGAGACAAAGUGGCUGGGGCUAAGAACAACACAAAAGGGGCUGGGGGAAAGAGAAAUACAGAGGCUGGAGAAGGGUAAAAAGAAACACACAGGGACUGGGAUGAAGUAAAGAUGCACAAGGGUCGCUGUAAGAGAAAAAAAAGGAGACAAUUGGAGACAAGAUACACUAAACGAGGUAAAGGCAAUAGACGUAAAUUGAUGUGAUCCUGACAGUAAUACACAUAUAUAUGCAUGUAUAUUGAUGUGUGUAUUAGUAACAUAUAAUUAUGCCUAUAAUAUUUACACAUAUAGUAAUAUACAUUUAUUUAUGCAUAAUACACACAUAAAUGUCAUUAAAUAUGUCAAUAUAUAUAUAUAUAUAUAUAUAUAUAUAAUAUUUGUGUUAGGUGCUUAAGAUAGUACAGUAUGAAAUACCAUGAAUAAGCGUAGGAUGAUAAAAGGAGCAAGUCGGUUGUGGUGUGCCGAAACCGACGAUGAGGUAGGCCUAAGAAAGAAGAGGGCAAAAAUUAAGUAAUCAAAUUUAUUAACAGACAACCAAUACAUAUACAUUUAUCAACCAGACAUGUUUAUGAAAGCAUCCCUUAAUUCUUGUACUGGGUUCGGUAUGUACCGUGAGUAAGCGGAUGACUUCCAGCGCCCCAGUGUUUUGAUAACAUGAGUUGGGAUGUUGACACUGGAGGCUGUGGACGCGGCUCCUAUACGAAAGGAGUGUCCUGAGUAAUUGUUUGCGUUGAGGCCCAGUUGUGUGAGCAAGGACCUGACGUAGGUCAUGAAGGUUGUAGUGGUGAGUACUGCACCUUGUAGUUGUAAUAACGGUUGCGAGGGCAGUAAGUGAUGGUGCUGUAUGUAGGCAUCAAGAACCUUGACGGGACACCAUCUGUUGUGCGUGGGAUAGUAUGGAAUGUUUACAGGUAUGUGCUGGCUGGUUUUGGAGUGAGGUAAACACAGGAUGUAAUGAUCCAUAUGUUUUGUCAAGUGGGAAUAGAGGAGGAAUGGAGUGGUUUGGGUCGUGGAGGUCGUAGUGAAUUCUCUGGGUCGUAGAAAUCCAUAGAAAGCGAUGUAUAUUGCUGUUUUGAUGAUAGAAUUCGUAUUAGUGUAAAACGGUUUUAGGUCAAGUAGGUUAGAUAAUGCUUUGAAUAUAUGGUUAUCUAUGGGUAGCCUCUGGGCCAAAUGUGUGGGUUCUGAUUUUUGAAUACCUCUGAGUAUGGUCUUAAUUUGGUGAGAGGCCAUGAAACUGUUGUUAUUUGGGUGUAAGAUGAGCAUGUGGUGUUGAAUGCCAGUGAGAUAGAGUUUGAUGGUGUUGUAUGACAUUUUGAGUUUAAGGUGGCAAAAGGAAGCAAACCCCAAAAAAGAUGUCAUAACAAAUGGUUGUAUGAUGUUAUGUUCCAGAAGGAAUCGUUUGAAUAGUGUGAAAGCCCUGCUGUAUGUUUUGUUUGUAUUGUUUGAAAGUGCCAACUGGGACAAUGUCCUGCUAUGCUGCAUGAUGACGUCUAGUCCAGUAUGAGUUGUUGAAAUGUUGGAGUGAUGGUGGCUGUGGGUGCUGCUGACGGGAGUGCUUGAUGAAACUCCUGAAAUUUAAAGCGAGACAAAUUGUCAGCAGCUGUGUUAUAUACACCUGGCACAUGGAAACAACAUAGGAAGAAAUUAUGACAAGCUGCCAACCAAGUGAGUUUCCUCAGAAAUCUCAUGAUCGUAAGAGAUUUGGAACGACCUUUGUUGAUGAUGUGACAGGUUGCCUGGUUGUCUGAGUAACAACGCACUGGCGUAUUAGCCCAUAAAUGACCCCACGCUACGGCAGCCGCCACUAUGGGGUAGAUCUCAAAAAGAGCUGAGGUAGUGGAAAAACCUUCCAAAUCCAGAACUGCUGAAGGCCAGCUGCCCCAAAGCCAUUCGUUCCCAAAAAUUGCUGCAAAACCAGUGGUAGAUGCCGCAUCUGACCAAAUGGUAGGAGAUGAUUCAGUCAAUUGAGGGAGGAACAUACUUUUACCAUUCCAAGUGGUUAAAAAUCUCUUCCACAUGUUUAGAUCUGCCGUAGCUUGGUUAUCUAAGGACAACCUGUGCGUGUCAUGUAGAAAAAGUGGGAAAAGAUGCAAUAGUCGUGAAAUAAAGGAGCGGCCUUGAGGUAUGAUGCGCAUCGCAAAAUAGGUAGUUGUUUAUGUAAGUGAGAAUAUUCUCUAUCUUAUCGUAUGGUAGGCUUGCUUGCAUUGUGGCAGAGUCUAAUUGGAUACCCAGAAAAGUGAUAACCGUGUCUGGCCCUUCUGUUUUCUUUGGGGAGAUGGGUACACCUAGUUGCUCAAACAGCUUAGUGGUAGCUUUGAGGCUAGUGGGAGGUGCAGUAUUCUCCUCGACCAGUAGGAAAUCGUCCAAGUAAUGUAAUACCGUAGGGCAUCCGGCUAUGUUCAAUAGUAACCAGCAUAAUGCUUCAGCAAAUGUGUCGAAAAUAGCUGGGCUACUUUUGGACCCAAAAGUUAACCGGGAGAAAAAAUAGUAGUUCCCGGACCACUUGAUGCCAUGCAAGUGCCACAGUGUGGGGUGGAUAGGGAGUAAUUUGAAGGCGUUAGUAAUGUCGGUCUUACUGAGCCAGGCUCCAACCCCUGCUUGUAUGAUAGCUGUAAUGGCGUGAUCUAUGGUGGUGUAUUGCAGAGAGAAUUCCUCAGAGGGUAAGACUGGGGUUGGCUGAUGAGUGGGGAGCCGAUAAGUCAAUGAUGAGUCUCUGUUUUUGGGAAGAUUUCCCUGUGACAAUAGGGUUGGUGCGCCAUUCUGUGAAUGGAGGAGUUCUAAAAGGCCCCAAUACUAAGCCCUCAUCCACUUCUUGGGCUAUGAGGGUGUCAACCACUGUGGGGUUGUGUUGGGCAGAUUGUAGGUUAGGGCAUUCUAGUGUUCGAGCUGGUAUGUGUAGGAUACCUGUGUGGAAGCCUUCUGUUAAACCAGAAAUAAGAAAGUCUACCAGGUGUCUAGAUGGGUGCUGAGACAUCAAUGCUGUGAAUACUGGCAUAUUAAUGGACGUAAGGUAAGGCUUGGAAUACAUUUUAUUUGGACACAUGGUCUUUGCAUGUGCCCUAAAACAUUUUGAACAGACAUGCAAUAGUAUACAUCCACUGUAAUUACAAGACCCAACAUUGAAAUUAUUACAUAUCUGGGACUUGCCCAGAAACUUGAUUGGGCGUCCCAAUUUGUCUUUUGAUAGUUUCCCCGGAUCCCCAGAGGAACUAGUUCCUUGUGUGGAGGCAUGUCCGUCUGCCGUGUUGGGACAAAAAUUAGUAGUAUGGGCUGUGGAGGAGCAAUAUGCACAAGCUGGUGUUCUUAGACCUGCAAAGUGUCUGCAAAAUAAGACGGUAUCAAUCCUUCCCCAGUUGGAUCGUGUUCCGUACUGGGAGAAGGCUCCAGCCACUUUUGCAGAAAAAGACCUAUGGUAGUCAUAGAAUGCCGAACCACCAUAUUUGUUGCCCAGGUCUACCAGCUUGUGCAUAUAGAGAUCAAACUCCUCUCUUCUGUUGGGAUAAACCGCACAGAUGACAUCCCUGUAAAUACCAAACGCUAGUACAAAUUCUGGGAUAGUCAGUUUCCUGUUCAGGCGGGCAUCCCUAGAUCUGACAAUAACAGAAACAUCAUCAUAAGCAUACGUCUUAUGUUCCACAAUGUCCUGGGAGGCAAUCAACAGGGAAGCCAGGUUGACGUCUUUACCUUCCAGGAUAUCCCUUUUGAUAUGCUCAGGUAUCAUGUGGGCCGGGCUAACUUCCUGGUCAUCCAGGGUGCUGGCUGGAGCGACUAAUGGCAAGGCUGGUGUUUGUACCGCAGCCGCGGGUGGCCCUGCUAGAGUGAGGGCCGUGGUGACCGACUCAAGUUUCUCCAGCCAGGAGUUUACCUUGCCCAUGGAUGUCAUGAGUGAAAAUAACAUGGCAUGUAUGUCCCCUGGGUUGGACUGGCUAGAUCCUUCCCCGGCCUCCAUGUUAUUAGUUGAUGUGCGUAGCAGUUUGAAAAGUUCUGCCUUCCUUGCUGUAGCGGGGUAGGGGAUUUGUCGUCUCCUUAAUUCCGUGGUUAUGCGCGGGAUUGUCCAGGAUCUGAUUGAUGCUGGACAAGCUAGCUCUCCUCCUUGUGUGGGAGUGACAGCUCUAGCCGGGGUGCUAGGCAGGGAGAAAUCCUCUACCCCUUCCUGAGACAUACUAUAAAUAAAACAAUAAUUAGUAUAGAAAACAGGGGAAGGGAGUGACAGGUGAGGCCCUCUCUUUGCAACAUGCGAGGCGGCUAGCUAACGUGUGGCCCGAUGGGUGUUUGCCUCCGAAACGUUUGAGGCGGGGUGUUGGCCUCGCGGGACCACUAACUGAUGGCGACAGCCAAGACGGGGUAAAUACCUAUUGGGAAUCCUGUGACCCUAUUGCCAGUACUCUAAACUAGGGGGGAUGAAAUGAAAUGUAUGGUAGAAUACCAUAUGAGCAGGUGUACAUACCUGGUAGUAUGACAAAUCACAGGAAUAAACCGUGUGGAGCAAUUAUAUAAGCUUGACAGUAGUAUGAUGAGUGUGAAAAGAAACAGACUUAUAGUCCGUAGCAGCAAUGUAUUAAAAUUAUGUUGAUACCAUGGGAAUAGCUGUGAGUGGCUCAGAAAUGUUUGCAUGCUUGAAUAAGACAUCUGAGGGAGGCCGUGGCCUAUGUACCAACAAUCUAUGUGUUACGUGAUAAUGGUGUGUAAAGGAAAACAUGAAACGUAGGUUAUAUACAUAUGUAUAUGACUGUGCAGGGAACGUAUGAUUGGUUGGAUCAGUACGUGUGAUUCAACCCGAGUAUGCAUGAAAAAGGAAUUAAGCCUUAUGUGUCAUUGUCAUGACAGAGAAAUGAGGCCUGUAAUAUAGGCUGAGUGAAUUGAAAUGAAAUGGAUAGUUAUAAAACUCCUGGCGUGGGAGUUUCAAUGAUCUGUACAGAAAUGUAACUGGUUUUAUAGAAAGGGACAUGAAUGAGGUCAUGGCCUAUUUAACACAUGUAUGUAUGUAUGAUAUGUAGCAGAAUAACCAAAGGCAGGGAUACCCCAAAAUGAUUUAAAAUGAUGUAAAAGUGAUGUAUAUCUAUAUGAUAUAUUGUAUAGAAAAGACGUAUCAACCCGAGAAUUAUUGCUUAAAUGAACCUAUAUCCUUUGUAUGUGUUGUAGUAAUAACCCAGAAGUGAGGCCUGUAACAUAGGCUGAGUCCAUUUGUAUAAAUGGAUAAGUAAUGCAGACCCCUGAAAGCGUGGGAGUCAAAUGGUAUAUACAGAGAAGUGGACUUGAUUUGUGGACGUAAUACAAUACUGACAAUAUUUUAAAAGUAAUCAAAAUAAUCUAUUUAAGCCUGCAAUUCUUUAACCAAAUGUUAUAUACACAUGAAAUGGUGAAUAUAAUUCAUGAAAGGAUUAUACGUGAACACACAGAAAAGCCGAAAGCAAAUGUGAGGGAAACACAAAAGUUAGAAUAGUUUAACCGUAUGACUUAUGCGAACCGAAAGCGUGUUUGAGCGUAAGUAAAAAUUUGCCGAACGGCAAAACAACCAAAUGAUAAUUCAUUUCAAUAACAUGAAAUAGGAUAUGCGAAAUGACUAUUGAAACGAUUAAAUAUGUUCAGCCGAAUGACCGUACGAAUGAAAAAGCCUGCGAAUGGCUUGAAACAUUCGUGUCAUAAGCAGGGAAAAAGCCGUAAAGCAAGGACCCGUGCUGUACCGUACGCCGUGGGAACCGGUCCUGGCGUGACAGGAAGGUCCGACUUACGGUUUAGGAGUCCCUGGGACGCGAUCUACGAUAGAGACCGGAGUCAGAAGAAGCUGGACGGGCGGAAAGGCCUGAACAGGAUUCCUGGACACAACUUAACAUAGUGAAACCUCGUGGAUACUGAAACCAAGAUGGCGUCUGAGAGAACCCGGAAGUGGAUCCUCAUUCAACGCUGACCUCGAACGGUAAGGAGCAAGGUAAGGGGAGUGCCUUAAGUAGGCUAGUGGUAGCAAACCAGCACCUCCCACAAAUGCAGGCAAAUUGCCUUAAUACAUGUCAAAAUAUAUAUAUAUAUAUAUAUAUAUAUAUAUAUAUAUAUAUAUAUAUAAUGAGCACGUAUUGGCCCUGUCUUGUUGCUAGUUGCAUACUCAUGCACAAUAACAUAUUCAAAGUGAAGAGCGCACCCAUAGAACUUCAAAAUAAACAAGAUCACUUCAUUUUUUAGUUGUGCAACUGCAGACAUUCAGCAUUUCAGUACCAUUACUAAAAUGUCCUUAAUAGGCCAAAGUAGUUGUACUGAAACAUUACAUGCAAAUGUACGUCUACUUAAAAUAAAGGCGCUCUUUUGUUUAUUUUGAAGCCCUAUAUGAGUUCCUUCGUUGGAGUAAGAGUUUUCAAUUUCAAGUUAUUUUUUCACCCUCUUUAUCAGCACACUAUGCUGGUGCGACGCAUUAUUGGGCUGGUAUAGAAUUUUUUUCCAGGGCUGAUUUUUAGGUCCCAGUCCGGCCCUGGUUCCGGGCGUAUGUCCUAGCAUACCAUCUUAGGAAUCAGCUAGCCACUAGUGACCCUGAACCUUAUGCCUGCUCUGUGUUGAGCCUAACCUGCCUAGGCCGCAUGUUUCUAAUGUUAGAUAGGACUGCCCACUAUGUUUAUUUACAGUUAUCUCAUCUUUUUUUUUUCCUGCUUUUGUGUUCCAAACAUGUGCCUUACUGACCCCCUUCCUGCUCAGAUAACAGACGUAAACGUCAGUACCAUAUGUAGUUGGGACAUGCAGGCUGAGAUAUAUGAUUGCUCUGUUCAUAUAUGUUAUUACGCUACUUUAAACAAAAAAUAACAGUGCAGUAUGCUUUGAAUUUUUAUACUAACUAACAUUGUCUUAUGUCUAUUACCGAUGUACCUAUGCUUAUCCAUACCAUUGUCAAAGGAUGUACUCACUACUGCACUGUCAAAAAUAAAGAAUAAAAAAAAAAUUAAAAAAAAUCUGAUUAGUAAAGAAUUUUAACAAAGUCCACGAUUAAGAUAGAAAAGAUAGAAUGUUAGGUUUUCAAAGUCCCAGAAAUUCAUUUGGAAAAUACAGAGUGUUAGAUGUGUCCAGAGUUUGCCUUUAGCUGGGUCUUCCUCCUUUGCUUUUUGCUUAUUGUUUUGCCCCAACCCCCCACCUCUCUUAAUAAUUUGAAGAAAACCUUAUCUUAAGUUUCUUUACAUCACUAAUUUAAAGUGACCAAUGGGAUUAGAUGGGUGUACCUCCUUCUACUGAUUGUUUUAUAGACUUUGAUCAAUAGAUGGCAUUGUAGCAUCACAAAAAUGUAUGUACAAAUUCCCACUACCACUUUGUAUAAUGGGUUAAUUUAAUUUCAUGAUGUAUUUGACAUCACAGUUGUCUUAUCGCUAUGACACAUCAAUCAAACUAACUACCAACUUCACAGGGAUGUUGGUCUGUUUUAGCAGACUGAAUGUCUCCUUUUUGCGCCAUAAAGUAUGAUUUUAAUGCAUCUGGACUUUGGUUAAAUUUUAUCUUAAAAUGGUUCCUUCUUGUAGGUGUACAUUAAAUUUAAAAAGUAAAAUUAAUUUCUUAAGUAUAUAUCUAAAAUAUAUAUAAAAUGUGUAUGUCUGGGCUGUUUCUACUCCCUUGAUGUGUUUCAUUUGGUGUCUGGCUGUUGCUAGAUGUGUAGUGUUAGUGGCAGUUAGUGCACCUAGGGAGAUAUUAAAAUCCCCUCUUAUGAGUAACGUACCCACUGUAUUAUUUUGUACUAAGGACAUUAUGUGAAAUGUUUCAUAUUGGUUUCUGUUUGGGAUAUAAAGUGCGACAAAUGUUAUCGGGAAAGAACCUAUAAGACCCAGCAGUAUAAUGUACCGGCCUCGAAUAGUCUGUAAGAUGCUCUGUGUAGGUGAAGGGUAUGUGAGACCCUAUUAGGAUAGCUACGCCCUGUGAUUUACUUCUGGAAAAGUUGUUGUUGUAAAUAUGAGCUAUUUUUUUCCCCUCAGGUGUGUUUCUUGGACAAAGACAACGUCAGCCUUUAGCCGUGUUAUUUUUUCCAGUGAAUUAACGCCUCUGACAUUGUAUGACAUGUUAAGGGAACCUAUCUUGUAGACCAAUUGGGCAACCACCCCCAGCGAGACUGACACACAAUGAACUAUAUAAAGCGUUAUAACUUAAAGUAAAAUAAAAUAGGUUAAGACACAAUAAACUGUGAUACACUGGACUAAAAGAAAAGAAAAUAGAACAAAAUAAAUAAGGCUCUGGCAAAAUAAAUAAAGGCUCAUGUACCGAUUUUGUGGAACCACCAUCCUCUAUGCCUAAGGUGAGCAAGAGUGCACCCCAGGAUAAAAAAAGGACAAGGUGAGGCUUAAUAGAAAGCAGUUGUUGUUGCGGUAUUCUAUCUUAAGAGGAGUAGAGUUGAACAAUAGUGGCUUUGUGAGAUGUCUUCUUGGAGCUACUGCUCACAGAGACAGGAGACGUAUUUGUAAUAUUGUUAAGCAAGCAAAGCAGGAAGGGGAAUAAGAUGUACUUGUCAGAACGACAGGCGGAUGCGUAUUAGGGCCUUUAACUUGUGGCUUGGCGAAUGGUGUCGGGAGCAAGGAUCUGACUUUAUUUCUCAUGGUAGCUCUGUUUGGAAUGGAGAUAAGCUGUACAAAAAAGAUGGUUUGCAUCUUUCUGAAAAGGGAAUAAAGGAUUCUCAGCUAGCAGUUCAGAGGUUUUGCUAGGAAGUAUUUAAACUGGGGGGGGGGAGGGGGGCAAAAGGGUGACCACACAUCAAUCCAAUUGCCCCCAAAACAAAAACAGAAAGUAACUGUAACAAGGGUGUUAAAAAAUGAUAUGCUUAGAGUCAUGUCUACAAAUGCUCGCAGUUUAGAGAAUAAGAUCCAUGAACUUGUGGCAAUAAUGGCAACUGAGAGUGUAGAUUUAGUGGCUGUUACGGAGACAUGGUAAAAUGAGGAAAAAUGACUGGGAUAUAGCAAUACCAGGGUACUCUUUAUAUAGAAAAGACAGAGAGGGCAAUAAAGGGGGAGGGGUGGUCCUGGAUGUGAAGGAUAGCAUAAAAGUUAGUGAGGCGAACAUAGUCCGUUUGGGUUACAUUAGAAUUUGGUAAUCACACAGCUGUCAGAGCGAGCACAUGUGCUGCAGGGACUUACCAUCCGCCUCCCUGCACUUCCGGGUUCUGUGUGAAGUGCAAGGAGACGGAUCAGUGAUGAUCUUCUCCCUGUAAAAAUAAUAAAGUUUAGUUAAACUCCCACCCCCUUUACCCAUUUUAACUAAAAAUUAACCCCUUCAUUGUAGUAAGUGAUCAAUUGGCAGGGAUUACAUUUUACUGUCAUCUGAUUAUUAUUUUUUAACCCCUGAGGGUUAUUUUGUAUAUUUUUUUUAACCCUCAGGGGUUCAAUUUAUUUGAUUAAUUUAAAUAUUGUAAAAUUAUAUAUUUAGCUAGCUGGGGUGGGUGGAAGUUAGUGGGGAAUUGGGGGUUUUUGGUAUUAGGCCAACUAGGGGUUAAUGUUAAAACUAAGUUUUAAAAUAAGCUUUAAAAAGUUUAAAAAGUUUUUCAAAAAUGUUUUAAGAACGUUUAAGUAAAAAAACAAACAAAAAACACACCCUUUUAUCCAGUCCAAAUAAAAAUAAACCUACACAAGCUGCCAGUCGAUCAGUGAUCAAAAUACAGAUCACAGCUAAUUUAACAGACGAAAACGAGAGCACACGGGCAGUUACCUUCCCUGCAGCUGGUCACAAAAAUAUGGGCCAGAAAACAAAGGCGGAUCGGGCACCCCAUUAAACCAAAUUCCUGCUUGGCCCUCAAUACAGAACCUCGUCUCGUACUGGGGGGAGGGGGGGAUUUAUUCAUAUGGCUUUUCCUGUUCUGCUGUGUGGAGUGGGUAUUAUUAUUGCCAUUUAUAUAGCGCCAACAGAUUCCGUAGCGCUUUACAAUAUUUUGAGAGGGGGGAUGUAACAAUAAAUAGGACAAUUACAAGAAAACUUACAGGAACAAUAGGUUGAAGAAGACCCUGCUCAAAUGAGCUUACAGACUAUAGGAGGUGGGGUAUUAGAAACAUUAGGACAGGAAAUAUCAAGUAGGUGUGAAGCAGAGCUGGAGGAGAGAGCAAAGCACUGUCCCAUAGGAGAGAGCAGGAGACAGGUAUGUAAGGUAGAGAUUACUCUGGGAGGCCAUAAGCUUUCCUGAAGAGAUGGGUUUUAAGGCCUUUCUUAAAUGAUUGAAGACUAAUAAGUAUACACAUGGAAAUAAAGAAAAACAUAAUUAUUCUUUAGAUAAGUACAUUGUUCUCUACCUUAUAUUGCAGUCACCAAUCUUAUAUUAACAUUUGUCUUUUCUUCUUAUAUUCCUAUUGGCUUUAGGGUAUUGUCAUAGAUGGGCAUAUUGUAUUUUUCCAAUUUGUCGCUAUGAGAUUUCUGGCUGCCAGAAACAAAGUGCGAAAGGUUGGUGAAACCAAUGUUUAUUUUGUUGAAUUGUGUAGUUUAUUACCCUGGUUUAGAAAGGGACAUUACUUUGUUUAGUUAGUGCUCGAAUUUGAGCUAGGAUUUUGUUUGUAGACUUUCCUUUCUGUUUUUCUGAUGUUUUGAACAAAUGGAUUGCUGCAUGGAUUUUUGUGCACGAUGUAAAUAAACCACACCAUUUUUACAUAAGAGACUGUUGUUCUGUACCUGUUACCCUAGAGGACUGUGUUGCUUUGCCCUUAAAGGUCACAAUAUAUAUAUAUAUAUAUAUAUUUCAAUGGGUAGCUUGGCACUCUCCUUAUUGGUAUUAUACCUGCCCGGGUGCAAUCCACAGUGCAUCCAAUAUAUAAACAAAAAGAUAUCCAGGAUGCAGUCUCAGGACUUGAGCAAAAAAAAAUGUGAUUUAUUAAAUCAUGUGCAAGACAAAGACAACCGACGUUUUGACCCCUGCGGGUCUUUUUCAAGGUUACUGUAACAUCUCAAUCAUUAAAUAUAUAUAUACAUAAAAUGUAAGUGCACUUACCAAUCAAUUUCGUUGUGAACCCUUUCACCGGUACCCGGAAGUGAGUUAGGACCGCCUACUCAACGUCAUCACGCGUGGACGUCCGGCGGAGUGACAGCGUGAUCACCAUAGAAACCUACCAAGCUACUGGGUAGGAUCGUAAUUCUAAGAUAGAAAGUGAACCUGAGGUUGGGGUAAAAACAACAACAGGACAGAAGAUCCAUGGUAUACAUGGAUAAUGGGCAAAAGACAUGCCAAAUGUCACAAAAUACCUAAAAGCCACAGUGCAAUGAACAAGUGCUCACACCAGUGAAGCUGUUUGCAAAGUUAGUGGUCAAGUGAAAACAUAAUAGUGAAUAAGUGGCAAAUAGGUCUAGUGACAAGUUGUAUGUAUGAGUACAAGAUAAUUUAAAUCAUGCUAAAUACAAAAUGUACUAAUAAACUUGCAAACAUUACUAUGAAAUAAACAUAAUUGACACAUUAAUUGUAGCGGAGACCUGGUAUUCCACAGGUUACUCCACCAAGAUCCCAGUGAGGCUCAGGAACAAGUGAUAGAAAAUUCCAUGAAGCAAUCCAAGAAUAUCUCCAUACAGAUCCCAAUGACUGGACGACACACAGCAUCAGGAGCAGAACUAAAUCUUUAUUCGUACAGUGGCCUUAUAAAGCAUGCUCCCAUGCAAGGGAGGGAUUUCCAUUAAUCAGUACAGUAUCCAAUCCUGUUCUGGUAACCUCCCAAACAUCUCCUCCCCUCAGCCUGACUCAUAAUCCACUUAUGCAGGACACCAAUUCCCCCCGUUUCUGGAUGUACCUCUUUAAAUAGCACAUCCCCUGGUAGCCCUGAUCUGAGUGAACAACAUAUCCAAAAAUCACCCUGAUCGGACCAGGGGUUCGGGAAAUAUAUGGAGGGAAUAAAAAGACCGACCGCGCUGGAGAGAACAGCCGAAUUGGGUUCCAUGCGAUGGGGCCCUGCAGUCGGUCCUGGCAUUAGGGAACAAAUUGCAUGAAAGCCUCUAGUUACAGAGACCAGUGAGGGUUCGCCUGAAUCCCCUCGUUCGGUUGUUACUGUCUACCGAACAAGGGGCCGUUCGGUAGUUUGGAAGUGAACGGAUCAGGCUUAUGGAGGUCUCAGCGGUGUUCGCCUAGUCGAGUGUCUGAUUUGGGUUCCAGACACUCGACGGCAAUACACCGCUUUUCGGGAGUUUUAAAAUGGCCGCCGCCACGUGUUAGUUUCCCGAAUGGCGGCCACCCCCGAGAUCAAAGGACUUACUGCCCAGCUUGUCAAUUACCCGUUCGCAACAUUGUUGCAACGGGUAAUUGAAGGCACACUUCACACAGGGGAGGUCUGACUGUUCGGUAGUUUCAUUCCCUUAAUUGUUAGAAUGAUACUACUGAACAAUCAGACGAAUACAACACAUUUCUACACAUAUUAUCCUGCCAUUUACAUGGAUACAUUUAAAACAUAUGCAAUUCCCAGGACAGCCCAGUGCCAUCCGCUACAUUAAUGAUAUUAUAUUAAUGCAUAUCAAUUUAGAUGGUGCCCUAUUCUUAAACAGCAUUUGAAUACUAUAUACAACACUGAAGUUGCUGAACAUGAAAAAAUGCCAAAAUGAGAAAAUACCCAUUAUAUACAAAGAAUAAUGAGUGCUACAAAUUACUAUGUAGUUCCUCUGUAAUUAGCUCAUACUAAAGAAAUCUGCAUUACAACCGUUUUAAGCAUGUGAAUACACUAUACUGUAAAGCGAAAAAGUUAAUAGAAAAUAUAAUACUCAAACUAACUAAAAAAAUUUCGCUAUAUAGCAUAUGAAAAAUACCAAAUAUGCAAAAUCGGGAGCAAGAUACUGCUCUUCGGUAGAAAAAACAUCCUAAACAGACUAUGACCAGGAGUCUAACCAGAAAGACUCUGUAUUAUACUGGCUCCAAUUUUACAAAAACAUGGAAUAAGUGACAUUUUCAUGAAGUCCUUUGGGGGAUACUGUGUCCAAAUAAUGGAUCCAGUAUACCUCCCGCUGUAACAAGAUUUUAGAUCUGUCCCCUCCUUGGGACAGAGGUUGGGCGUGAUCAAUCCUGAUGAACCUCAAUGUGGGCAACCGAUGCUGUAAAGCCAAGAAAUGUUUGGCAACUGGUUUAUCAGAAUGCUGAUCCCGAAACGCUGUUGUGAUUCCUGAGCGAUGUCCUCUAAUAGAAACAUAGAAUGUGAUGGCAGAUAAGAACCAUUCGGCCCAUCUAGUCUGCACAAUUUUCUAAAUACUUUCAUUAGUCCCUAGCCUUAUCUUAUAGUUAGGAUAGCCUUAUGCCUAUCCCACGCAUGCUUAAACUCCUUUACUGUGUUAACCUCUACCACUUCAGCUGGAAGGCGAUUUCAGGCAUCCACUACCCUCUCAGUAAAGUAAUACAUCCUGAUAUUAUUUUUAAACCUUUGUCCCUCUAAUUUAAGACUAUGUCCUCUUGUUGUGGUAGAUUUUCUUCUUUUAAAUAUAGUCUCCUCCUUUACUGUGUAGAUUCCCUUUAUAUAUUUAAAUGUUUCUAUCAUAUCCCCCCUGUCUCGUCUUUCCUACAAGCUAUACAAGUUAAGAUCCUUUAACCUUUCCUGGUAAAUUUUAUCCGGCAAUCCAUGAACCAGUUUAGUAGCCCUUCUCUGAACCCUCUCUAAGGUAUCAAUAUCCUUCUGAUGAUACGGUCUCCAGUACUGUGUACAAUACUAGGGAUCGACCGAUUAUCGGUUUUACCGAUAUAAUCGGCCGAUAUUCGGUAUUUUCGGCAAUAUCGGUAUCGGCCAAUUCAGAUACCGAUAUUGCCGAUAAUACCUCCUAGGACCGCCAGGCUCAUUACAAGCCCGGCGGUCCUGGGGGGGCGGAGACCAAGCGCUUACUCACCUCCCAGCAGCUCCCCAGUGCAACUCUCGCGAGACCCGCGGCCGUCAGAGCGUUGCCAUGGAUCACCAUGGCAACGCUCCGUGCGACACGCUGGCCGCGAGAGUUGCACUGGGGAGCUGGAGGAGCUGCUGGGAGGUGAGUAAGCGCUUGCUCUCUGCCCCCCCAAAGCUCAGCCAAUACCACUGGACCACCAGGGACUGUCAUAUCCCCCCUCCCUGGCCAGGCAACAAGCAGGGAGGGGGGACAAAAAAUAAUAAUUAAAUAUAUAUAUAUAUAUAAAAAUAAUUUAAUAAAAAAUUCCCCCUCACACACUAUAUUAUAUGUAUAUUAUAUUAUAUACACAGACACUACACAAACACACUGUGUAUAUAAUGCAGUGUGUGUUUGUAUAGUGUGUGUUUGUAUACAAUGCACACAAAUACACUGCAUUAUAUACACACACUAUACAAACACACACAAACUGCAUUAUAUACACACACAAACUGCAUUAUAUACACACACUAUACAAACACACUGUGUAUAUAAUGCAGUGUGUGUUUGUGUAGUGUGUGUAUAUAAUGCAGUGUAUUUGUGUAGUGUGUGUAUAUAAUGCAGUGUAUUUGUGUAGUGUGUGUAUAUAAUGCAGUGUAUUUGUGUAGUGUGUGUAUAUAAUGCUGUGUAUUUGUGUAGUGUGUGUAUAUAAUGCAGUGUAUUUGUGUAGUGUGUUUAUAUAAUUCAGUGUGUGUUUGUGCAGUGUGUAUUUGUGCAGUGUGUGUAUAUAAUGCAGUGUGUGUGUUUGUGUAGUGUUUAUAUAAUGCAGUGUUUGUGUGUGUAGUGUGUGUAUAUAAUGCAGUGUGUUUGCAUAGUGUGUGUAUAUAAUGCAGUGUAUUUGUGUUUGUGUAGUGUUUAUAUAAUGCAGUGUUUGUGUGUAGUGUGUGUAUAUAAUGCAGUGUGUUUGCAUAGUGUGUAUAUAAUUCAGUGUAUUUGCGUAGUGUGUUUAUAUAAUGCACACUACACAAACACACUGCAUUAUAUACACACACUAUACAAACACACACUACAUUCACUAUACACACACACUACACAAAUACACACACACACACUCUGCAUUCAUUAUAUACACACACACUUUGCAUUUAGUAUAUACAGCAUUCACUUUACGCACACUACCCACACACUACACAAACACUCUGCUUUCAUUAUAUACACACUACACUAAUACACACUGCAUCCACUACACACACUAAACAAAUACACACUGCAUCCACUACACAAACACACACUGCAUCCUCCACACACACUACACAAACACACACUGCAUCCACAACCCACACACUACACAAACACACACUGCAUCCACUACACACACACACUACACAAAGACACACACUGCAUCCACUACACACACACACUACACAAAGACACACACUGCAUCCACUACACACACACACACAGCUCCCCUGUCACACUGCAUCCACUACACGUGGCAUGUAUAUUUUGUGCAUUUACCUUUAGAAAUAGUUUUUAUUUUCCAAAAUGGUAAAUGUACAGAAUAUCGGCAAAUUAUAUCGGCUAUCGGCCUGAAAGUUCACAGAAUAUCGGUAUCGGCUCUAAAAAAUCAAUAUCGGUCGAUCCCUACCUCUGGCAUCGAUAAACUCUGUAUAUGCAGUAUUUCAUAGCAAAACAAUGCACAUACCAACUCCAAGCUCCAUGACCACUUAAAGACACUGAACAACUCAUGGUCCUUGGACUAACCCUUUAAAGUAAUAUUAGGCGUCAAGUGCGUUUUUAAGUUUUGUUUCUAUGGUAGAAGCCGUAUUUGGAUAUAAAUUGCAAUCUGACCAUGGUAAGGACAAUGUGCAUCUUUGCAUUGUUACCCUGAUACUGACCAGACACAUUGUAUGCAGUCUCUGCUUUAUGUGCACCUUCUACUUAAAGAAGCAAAGUUGGGGGGGGAUAUCUCUGACCUUUCCCCUUCAAUUCAAACUCCAUAAUUUGUAUAUAAAGACAUUUAGUCUUGUUCGUAUUUCGUGUGCAAAGGUGUGUGUACAGUUUCUUUCAUAUGUGGAGUAAAACACCCCCAAAGUUAUAAAAAUGUAGCAAAAAAAUUUUUUAAUUUUUUUUUUUUAAAAACUUAUCUGCUAUUAACCCCUUAAGGACACAUGACAUGUCAUGAUUCCUUUUUAUUCCAGAAGUUUGGUCCUUAAGGGGUUAAAGAGACCCUCUAUGCACCAGAACCACUAAAGCAUAAAAUAGUGGUUUUGUGGCAUAGAGGCAGUGUUUACAUUGAAGAAGCCAAACGUCAGUCUUGCAGAGCCAAUGUUUGCAUCUUCAAACUCUGCAUGAAGGAACUUAAUGAUCCUCAUAGAAAUGGAUCGAAUCACUGCAUCUCUGUGAGGAGAUGAUGAUUUGCGCAGGGCGGAGAUUGCCUCCUCAAUUCUUCUGCAUGGUGAUCUCUGCCAAGGGAGGAAUGGUGGCAGCAGGAGUGGCGCACAUGGGGGAUAUAACAUAAGUAAAACUAUUUUCUUUUAUCCCUCUUUUUAUCAAGUAUAAUAUGCUGCUGCUCAUUACGACUAAUGCCAGUAGUACCAUUAUCUAUUGAUGCAAUAAGCCAAGAUUUCAUCAGCUCCAAGGUUUAGAAACUGCAGGUUAUUGAAUGUGUGACAUCGGGCUUCAAUAAACUGCUUUUUCUGAACUUUGGAGUGCCUAAACCUCUUUGUACUUUAUGCAUAUUGUAAUUGGGACCUGGUGCUGAGUUCUAGUUUGAUUGCACCCUAGCUCAGAGUGAUGGGAUAGAGUGCAGUUCCUGUUCGAGGUUUUGGAAAAGAUUUAAUUAGCUGACAUUUUCUUAAUCCUUUUUUUUUAUUUUCCUUUUCUUUAAAUGCUACAAUAUAUGUAAGAAAUUAAUAUAUAUUUAGAUUUAAUCUAUUAAAAGAGAGAGAGAAAUAGUUGGGUAGUAUAACAUUUUAAAUGAUUUUUCAUUAGUAUUGUGGAUUUAUUUUUUUAUUUUAUUCCCCACAUAAAAAUAUAACAUUUCUAAUCUAAGUAUCUGUUGUUUUCCAUUAAUAUUUAUGGUAAUGUUAAUGUCAGUUUAUAAUUUGGGUAGCAAUUGUUGUGCAUACUAUUCCAUGCUAUGGCUUGGUUGAAUCUUCUCUUACAGAGAUCACAACAUUUUCUCUUAAAGGGACUCUCCAGUGCCAGGAAAACAUAUCCGUUUUCCUGGCACCGCAUGUUCCUGCAGUGUCCCUCUCCCUCCUACCCUCCCAUCCCAUGUUGCUGAAGGGGUUAAAACACCUUCAGUGACUUACCUGAAUCCAGCCGGCAGGGGAGACCUAAUGCGCAUACGUGGCAAUGGCGCAUUAAACCUCCCCAUAGGAAAGCAUUAUUCAAUGCUUUCCUAUGGGCAUUCCGGCGACACUGGAGUUUAAGGGUGAUGGGCGUUGGCACACAGACCACUCCAAUGGGCAGAAGUGGUCUGGGUGCCUGCAGUGUCCCUUUAAUUUGUUAUUUUGUUAUGGCAUUGUCUAGGUGCCAUGUAACUAAUACUACUUUCUUUUUUUUAAUAUUAACUUUUUUUUUUUUCUAUUUAAAGAUCAUGAGAGCUACAUGGAGAAUGAGACACAGGAUGUUACACAGUUUCAGACUCAACAGCCAACAGCCCCAGAAGAAGAGGAGGAAGAAAUAAUGAUUGCUCAUCCAGAUGAUGAAGCAGACUAUUUAAAAUACGGUUCUAGAGGCUGUGAAAAUAAGUGUCAUUCCCAUUUUCAUGACACACUUGGUCAGUCUGACGAUCUGAAUCAUCAUCACCAUGACUAUCAUCAUAUUCUACACCACCAUCACCACCAGAAUCACCACCCACACAGCCACUGCCAGCGCUAUUCCAGGGAAGAGCUGAAAGAUGCUGGCAUAGCCACACUAGCAUGGAUGGUGAUAAUGGGCGACGGAUUACACAACUUUAGUGAUGGUUUAGCUAUUGGUAAGUAAAACAAAAUGUUUUACAACUCUGGAUUAAACCUGGCAAAUGGAAAAUUGUUUGCUUGACGACCCACAAAUAAUUUAACCUGUAACAUUACAUGUGUGGGUUUAUAACACCUGCCAUCCAAUAAACAGGCAAAUUUGUAACUGAACUUUGAACCAUUUUGAAAUGCAUCUCAUAUUCUUUCCAAUUGUGUCUUCUAUGGUGUUAUCAAUGUAUACUUGCCUAUUGUACACACAGAUGGACUUGUUAGCCUCUAAACCCCUGUAGUUAAUUAUGCAUUCCUAUAAGGUACCAUAAUCUAAAAAUACACUGAACAAAAUUAUAAACGCAACACUUUUGUUUUUGCCCCCAUUUUUAAUGAGCUGAACUCAAAGAUCUAAGACUUUCUAUGUACACAAAAGGCCUAUUUCUCUCAAAUAUUGUUCACAAAUCUGUCUAAAUCUUUAUUAGUGAGCACGUCUCCUUUGCCGAGAUAAUACAUCCACCUCACAGGUGUGACAUAUCACAAUGCUCAUUAGACAACAUAAUUAUUAUUAGGUGUGCUUUAUGCUGGCCACAAUAAAAGGCCACUCUAAAAUGUGCAGUUUUACUGUAUUGGGUGGAUCUGGGGGGUGGGGGGGCUCCGAAAACCAGUCAGUAUCUGGUGUGACUACCAUUUGCCUCACGCAGUGCAACACAUCUCCUUCGCAUAGAGUUGAUCAGGUUGUUGAUUGUGGCCUGUGGAAUGCUGGUCCACUCCUUUAAUUGCUGUGCGAAGUUGAUGGAUAUUGGCAAGACCUGGAACAUGCUGUCGUAUACACCGAUCCAGAGCAUCCCAAACAUGCUCAAUGGGUGACAUGUCCGGUUUGUAUGCUGGCUAUGCAAGAACUGGGAUGUUUUCAGCUUCUAGGAAUUGUUUUCAGAACCUUGCAACAUGGGGCCGUGCAUUAUCAUGCUGCAACAUGAGGUGAUGGUCGUGGAUGAAUGGCACAACAAUGGGCCUCAGGAUUUGGUCACGGUAUCUCUGUGCAUUCAAAAUGCCAUCAAUAAAAUGAACCUGUGUUUGUUAUCCAUAACAUAUGCCUGCCUAUAUCAUAACCCUACCGCUACCAUGGGCCACUCUAUCCACAAUGUUGACAUCAGCAAACUGCUCACUCACACAACGCCAUACGCGCUCUCUGCCAUCUGCCCUAAUAGUGAAAAACGGGAUUCAUCCGUGAAGAGAACACCUCUCCAAAGUGCCAGACACCAUCGAAUGUGAGCAUUUGCCCACUCAAGUCGGUUACGAUGACGAACUACAGUCAGGUCAAGACCCCGAUGAGGACGAUGAGCAUGCAGAUGAGCUUCCCUGAGACGGUAUCUGACCGUUUGUGCAGAAAUUCUUUGGUUAUGCAAACCGAUUGUUGCAGCAGCUCUCUGGGUGGCUGGUCUCAGACGAUCAUGGAGGUGAAGAUGCUAGAUGUGGAGGUCCUGGGUUGGUAUGGCUACAUGUGGUAUGCGGUUGAGGUUGGUUGGAUGUACUGCCAAAUUCUCUGAAACGCCUUUGGAGAUGGCUUAUGGUAGAGAAAUGAACAUUCAAUUCACUGGCAACAGCUCUGGUGGACAUUCCUGCAGUCAGAAUACUAAUUGCAUGCGUCCUCAAAACUGUGGCAUUGUGCUGUGAUAAAACUGCCCAUUCUGGAGUGGCUUUUUAUUGUGGCCAGCCUAACACACACCUUUACGAUAAUCAUGCUGUCUAAUCAGCAUCUUGAUAUGCCACACCUGUGAGGUGGAUGGAUUAUCUCGGCAAAGGAGAAGUGCUCACUAACACAGAUUUAGAAAGAUUUGUGAACAAUAUUUGAGAGAAAUAGGCCUUUUGUAUAAAUAGAAAGUCUUGCAUCUUUGAGUUCAGCUUAUGAAAAGUAGGGGCAAAAACAAAAGUGUUGCGUUUAUAAUUUUGUUCAAUGUAUAAUAAAAAAAUCAGCAUUUACCAUCAUGACUUUAAUCUGAAAGUGAGCUGUGCUUUGUCCUUGUACAGCAUGUGUUUUUUAAACGGAGUACUAAUUUAUAUAGCACUAAUCCUGAAAUGUAAAUUAGCAUGGAUUAAAAGAACACUCCACAUAUACAUACAGCUUGUUGAAUUGCGUUGUCUUGAGUCUUUCACAUUUGUAACAGUUUCUAAAAGUUCUGAUUUCAAUAGACAUCAAUAUUCCAUGGAGCUAACACAAGUAACAGCCUCCCUCAAUUCUAAAUCAGCUAUAUUACAGCUCUUUGAGAAGCAUUUGAAAGCUGUAAUCACUAGUGCACAAUGAGAAGCCACUGAUCGGAGUAUUCCUCAGCACAGAGAGUUUGCAAAUGCUGCAGACAAGAUAUGCAGCUUUGCAGGAAGUUUGUAGAUAUACACCCCCAAAAUAAUGCAGAAUUAAGUGCAUGCUUGUUUACACUAGGGUUUAUGGACUUUCUUUCUUUUUUUUUUUUUUUAAAUUGGAGGACAAUUGAUUACUUCUAUAGAAAAAAAAAUCUUGCUUAGAAGCAUUAUUUGUAAAUCUAGAGCAAUACCCGAUUUCCUUUUUCUUUUGUUAUUGUGAGUGCUAUGUUAGAAAAAAGCAAACUAGACUCUUCAGAGAUUGCAAGGAAAGUGAAAUGAGCUAAUUCAGUGGCCACAAAUGUUUGGCUACCCUUUCAAGGUACUUAUUCCGAACAUAAGUAGAUUUAUCCAUUUAAAAAUCACAAAAAUAUCUUAUAGCACUCACUGUGGUUUGUUACUCUUUGCUCUGCUUUGUGGUUAUGUGUGCUUUUAUUUAUUACAUUGAACUGUAUAAUUAAAAUUGUUAGUAAAAACAAAUUGAAUUGAAUAAUAGUUGUACCAACUAAUGCAGAUUGUAUAUUGUAUUACAGGAGCAGCAUUUACUGAAGGCUUAUCUAGUGGAUUAAGCACAUCUGUGGCUGUUUUUUGCCAUGAACUGCCACAUGAGUUAGGUAUGUAAACACUGAAAACACAAGUGGGGUUGCUAUGUACAUCAAAACAAUGAUAUGCUUUGACAUGGCCAAGGCAAUUCUUUCAUUUAGUGAUACACACUUAACCAAUGAUUCACAUAAUUUAAAAUAGAAUGUUCUUGUUAACUGAGUUAUAGUCAUUUUAGCAGCUUAGAUCUGCCUGCUGACAUAUCUAAAAAUGUUUACGGCUAUUGAGUGGAAAGCAGUAUGCGUUUAAAAAAAAAAAAACUAAAGUAGGAAAGUUGUGUUACAUUUCCUUGUUUGUGUAUAAUAAUACAUUCCUCUGUGUGUAGGUGAAUAUAUACAGUUGCAAGAAAAAGUAUGUGAACCCUUUGGAAUGAUAUGGAUUUCUGCACAAAUUGGUCAUAAAAUGUGAUCUGAUCAUCAUCUUAGUCACAACAAUAGACAAUCACAGUCUGCUUAAACUAAUAACACACAAAGAAUGAAAUGUUGCCAUGUUUUUAUUGAACACACCAUGUAAACAUUCACAGUGCAGGUGGAAAAGUAUGUGAACCCCAUAGACUAAUGACAUCUCCAAGAGCUAAUUGGAGUGAGAUGUCAGCCAACUGGAGUCCAAUCAAUGAGAUGAGAUUGGAGGUGUUGGUUACAGCUACCCUGCCCUAUAAAAAAAACACACCAGUUCUGGGUUUGCUUUUCACAAGAAGCAUGGCCUGAUGUGAAUGAUGUCUCGCACAAAAGAGCUCUCAGAAGACCUACGAUUAAGAAUUGUUGACUUGCAUAAAGCUGGAAAGGGUUGAUCAGUCCACGGUAAGACACAUUGUCUAUAAAUGAAGAAAGUUCAGCACUGCUGCUACUCUCCCUAGGAGUGGCCGUCCUGUAAAGAUGACUGCAAGAGCACAGCGCACUAUGUGUGGCAAAAAAAAAAGGCGCAGCACACCAACAUCAAAACCUCAUCCCAACUGUGAAGUAUGGUGGUGGGGGCAUCAUGGUUUGGGGCUGCUUUGCUGCGUCAUGGGCCUGGACGGAUUGCUAUCAUUGAAGGAAAAAUGAACUCACAAGUUUAUCAAGACAUUUUGCAGGAGAACUUAAGGCCAUCUGUCUAGCUUAACAUAAGAUGGGUGUUGCAACAGGACAAUGACCCAAAGCAUAGAAGUAAAUCAACAACAGAAUGGCUUAAACAGAAGAAACAGAAGAAAAUACACCUUCUGAAGUGGCCCAGUCAGAGUCCUGACCUCAACCCGAUUGAGAUGCUGUGGCAUGACCUCAAGAAAGCGAUUCACACCAGACAUCCCAAGAAUAUUGCUGAACUGAGACAGUUCUGUAAAGAGGAAUGGUCAAGAAUUACUCCUGACCGUUGUGCAUGUCUGAUCCGCAGCUACAGGAAACGUUUGGUUGAAGUUAUUGCUGCCAAAGGAGGUUCAACCAGUUAUUAAAUCCAAGGGUUCACAUACUUUUUCCAUCUAAUAACAUUUUUUUUUAAAUUCUGUGUGUGUUGGUGUUGUUUGGUUUUUACCAGGAAAGAUACUUGUUUUCCAGUAUGUCCUGGGUCCACAAAACAUUACAUUGAUACAUUAGGGUGAACAGGUAGGAAAUAUAUAAUCAACCAUCACACAUGCAUUCUGUUUUGAGAUAUGUAGAGAGGGAUCUCUUAAAGGACUUUAGGCUUGGGGAAGAUUUUAAAGUGUGUAUAUAUUUAUGUAAUAUUUUUACUUAAGUCAUUUUAUUAAUUACUAUUUGAGGGACCUGCCUUACAACCAAGGCAUAAAGUCCACAGAAUUUGCUUUGCAAGCCCUAUAUUUAACCCUGUAACUUUCCAAGACACCAUAAAACCUGUACAUGGGCGGUGUUUUCAAAGGUCACAGAGUCAAAUACAAGGCUUGCAUUUCUGUUUUUUUACAUUGAAAUUUGCCAGAUUGGUUAUGGUAGCACAGGAAUGAUAAUUACUUCCAUGAUGGCAUACCAUUUACAAAAGUAGACAACUCAAGGUAUUACAAAUUGGAUAUGUUCAGUCUUUCUUAGUAGCCACUUUGUCACAAACACUGGCCAAAAUUAGCGUUUAAAUUAGUUUUUUUGCAUUUUUCACACACAAACAUGAACACUAACUUUGGCCACUGUUUUUGACUAAGUGGCUACUAAAAAAGACUGGACAUAUACCCUAUUUGAAAUACCUUGGGUUGUCUACUUUUGCAUAUGGUAUGCUAUCAUGGGGUUAAUUCUAAUUCCUGGGCUACCAUUUUGUCUCAAAGACACCAUAACCAGUCUGGCAAAAUUUUAUGUUUAUAAACUGAAAAAUUUAACCUGCUAUAUUUGACCCUGUAACUUUCCAAAACAACAUAAAACCUAUACAUGGAGGGGGAACGGUUUUACUCGUGAGACAUCGCUGAAUACAAAUAUGUGUACUUUAUUGCAGUAACAGCUAACAGUAUUAUGACAUUCACAAUUAAAAUGCUAUGCAGAACUAAAAAAAUUACAUUUCUUAUUCAUAUUAAAUUAUGAUUCAUAUAUUAAUAUCUGAUAUGAAAUGAAAGCCCUGUUUCUCCUGAACAAAAUGACGUAAAAUAAGUGUGGGUGCAUUUAUUUUGCAAGAGGUUAAUUAUAGUUGAACAGACAUAUAGCGCUAAUUCAAAAUUUUGUUUUAAUCUGAAUUUGUACAACUGCCUAUGUCCUUAAGGGGUUAAAAUAAGUUUGUUUGUGUUUUCUUUAUCAAGGUGACUUUGCAGUUCUUUUGAAGGCAGGCAUGACCGUGAAGCAGGCUGUGUUAUACAAUGCUCUGUCUGCAAUGCUUGCAUACCUGGGGAUGAUAACAGGCAUUGUUAUUGGCCAUUAUGCAGAAAAUGUGUCAAUGUGGAUUUUUGCUCUUACAGCCGGUUUAUUCAUGUAUGUGGCAUUUGUUGACAUGGUAAGUUCUAAUUUUCCAAUAAUUGAUAAACGAAUGGUAAAUUCAACAACAAUGUGAUCAACUUUUGAAUUGAGCAGAUUAUUUUUAACCCCUCCCGACCUCGGACUUACCAGGUACAUCAGACAAAAAAUGGUAAAUAGUAAAUCGCCACUUACCUGAUCGCUGGUGAUCCCCCGCCGAUCCUGGGGUCUGCCUAUACAUAAACACAAUAUAUAUAUAUAUAUAUAUAUAUAUAUAUAUAUAUAUAUUCCCUAUUACUACAUAGUUAUUUGAUUUUAUUAAUUAUAAUUUGAGGGACCUGCCUGACAACCCAGGCAGACAGUCCAGAGAAUUUAAUUGGUCCUAAAUUUAACCCUGUAACUUUCUACACCAUAAAACCUUUACAUGGGGGGUAUUGACUUCGCUAAAUACAAAUGAGCGUUUUAAAAAGUAAAACUUAUCACGAUGAUGGUAUCACCAGUAAAAGUGCAGUUUUUGUUUAAAUAAAUAAAAAAAAUAUAUAUAUAUAUAUAUAUAUACACACACACACUCGGGAGACUUUGCUGAACACAAAUAUGAGUGUUUCAAACCGUAAAAACUAUCACGACGAUAAAAUAACAGGAAAAGUGCAGUAUUUGUGUAAAAAAAAAAAAUGAAAACGCUAACUUUGGCCAGCGUUUGUGAUUAAGUGGCUACUACAAAAGACUGAACAUAUCCCAUUUUUAAUUCCCUGGGCUGUCUACUUUUUCAAAUGGUAUAUCAUGGUGGGGUUAAUUUUCAUUUCUGGGCUACCAUACCGUCUCAAAGGCAACAUAGCCUAUCUGGCAAAUAGCAAUUUACAAAAACAGAAAUUGGCAAAUCUUAUGUUUGACCCUGUAACUUUCCAAAUCACCAUAAACCUGUACUUAAGGAGUACUGUUGUACUCGUGAAACAUUACUCUAUACAAAUAUGACAUGUAUUUUAGAGCAGUAAAAUGUAUUAUACUGAUAUCACAAUUUUUGUGUGAAAAAUGCAAAAAAAACUAUAAUUGCAAAUUUUGGCCAGGGUUUGUGACUAAGUGGCUACUAAAAAAAAAACACUGGACGUACCCAAUUUUGAAUACCGUGGGUUGUCUGCUUUUACAAAUGAUAUGCCAUGAUGGGGUUAAUUUUCAUUCCUGGGCUGCUAUACAGUCUGAAAGGCAACAUAGGACCAGCAAACCAAUCUGGCAAAUUUCAAUGUGCAAACAUGUAAAAGCCCUACAUUUGACCCCUGUAAAUUUGCAAAAACUCCUAAAACCUGUACAUUGGGGGCACUGUUGUACUCAGGAGAUAUUGCCGAACACAUGUUUGGGUGCCUUUGUCAGUAACACAUAAAAGGAACUGCAAAUCCAUGCCUAAAGAACAAUGUGAGAGAAAACUAACACAAAAAAAUUACUACCCAAAAGUUUGACAAAGACUGAUGGUAAAAUUAGUGCAUGGAAAGUGUUAAAAUACCACCAUUUGAAAUAACCUAGGCUGUCUACUUUAACCCCUUAAGGACACAUGACGGAAAUAUUCCGUCAUCAAUCCUUUUUAUUCCAGAAGUUAUGUCCUUAAGGGGUUAAAAAAAACAAAAACUAUGGUCUGAUGGAGGUAAAUUACAUUGGCGACUUCAAGAAUGUCCCAAAUAGGACAUGGGUGCAUGAUGACCAGAUGUGAAAAAAGUUGGAAAACUGGAAUGCGCACCCUCCUAAUAAGGUAUUUUAGCCCCCCGAGAACCCGACACACCUAUACAUGGGUAAUAUCACUGUACUUGGGAGAUGUUGCUGAACACAUAUUGAGGUGUUCUUUGGCAAUAACCCUUAAAGCUCUCAGUACAUGUAUUCUUAAAUUGCUACUUGUCUCAAAAAAAAUCACCAAUUAUUAUUUAUUAUUUUUUUAAAUUUGGUCUAGAUUGGUGGUAAAGAGUCAAAAUACUUCAAGUUUGAUACCUUAGGUAGUCUUUUUAAAAAAAAAUAUAUAUAUAUAUAUAUGUGAAGGAUUAUUCAGGAAUUCCUGACAGAUAUCGGUGUUAAAAUGUAACUUUUUUGUUAGUUCUGAAAAAAAAUGGUUUGGAAAUAGCAAAGUGCUACUUGUACUUAUAGCCCUAUAACUAUCCAAAAAAAGCUAAGAACAUGUUAACAUUGGAUAUUUCGAAACUCAGGACAAAAUUUAGAAACUAUUUAGCAUGGGUUUUUUUUUUGGCGGUUGUACAUGUGUAACAGAUUUUGGGUAUCAAAAUUAGAAAAAGUGUUAUUUUUUUAUUUUUUGCAUCAUUUAAAAAAAAAAAAUUAUAUAAUAUGAUGAAAAUAAUGGUAUCUUUCGAAAGACCAUUUAAUGGCGAGAAAAACGGUAUAUAACGUGUGGGUACAGUAAAUGAGUAAGAGGAAAAUUACAGCUAAACACAAACACCGCAGAAAUGUAAAAACACCCCUGGUCCUGAACGGUAAGAAAAUUGAAAAGCAGUCUGGUCAUUAAGGGGUUAAACAGUUUUUUUUAUUUUUUUUUUACAUUUUUGGAAAUUAUAACAGUGUAGCAUUCUAAACAAAUCCCUUCAUCUCUGGUAUAUGCUUUAGUCUGAUAGGCCAAAGCAUGUGGAAUACUGUGUGUACUUUUUUUUGGACAUAUUACUGUAUUCAAUGGGUUUGUUUGUAAUGUUGCUUUGCCAUUACCUCUGGACUUAAAAAUGAAAGUUAGUAGCUAACUGUUUGUUUUUAUAACCGACAUCAAUUGCUACCUGUGUGAUUAUAUUUAGAGGGACACUAUAGUCACCAGAACAACUAUAAUCUGCUUCAUUUACAUAUUAGUACAGUUUAAUGAGGAUAUAUUUUUUUGAUCCCUUCGCAUUAUAUUGAGUAAGAGACAGCCUUCACAUUAGUGACAUCGCCAUACAGUUUCUUUACUGUGAUGGGCGUUAUAUCUACUGCUGCUAUCUGCCCUGCAGACUUUGCCCUUUUAAACAAAGGGUCACUUUUGCACCUGCAACAACUGAAAAAGUAAUUGAUGCUCUACCCUUCCUUGUACCCUUAUGAUUUUUUUUUUUUAUAUAUCUGACUGGAAAAACAAUUGCUAGAAUUGGUUUUAAUACAACGGAAUUGAUUUUAAUAAAUCUGUUUGACAACUGCAAUUGAUUACAUUUGAUUGACAUUUCUCAUAGCAAGUUGCACCAUUUUGAUUUCUCUCUCUCUUUGUAGGUUCCAGAAAUGUUGCAUAAUGAUGCAAGUGAUCAUGGCUGCAGCCGGUGGGGAUAUUUUCUGUUACAAAAUGCAGGAAUUCUAUUGGGAUUUUUCAUCAUGUUGGUUAUUUCUAUAUUUGAACACAAAAUAUUGUUCAUCAUUAACCUAUAACUUUUAGGUUGUUUAUGUAUCCUUAAACCAACUCAUGGUUGAGAUUAUUUUUUCCAUAACUUUAUUUUCUAGCGAAUUCUUACUAAUUGUACGAAAACAUCUGCACUUCGGUACUUGCCUUCAGACAAGAUACACUCAAAAGACUUUGUUGCAAACUGGACAUUUGUGCCAAAUGUGUCUUUGUCAGUUGUUCUAUUUUUACUUAUUUUUAAUUAUUAUUUUUUUUACUUUAAUUUAUUUAAGUAGAAAGCUGUUGCAAAAUUAUUCCAUAGUGUGGUCUUUCUUUAAAUUAACAUGUUUUUCUUUCUGUGUUCUUCAAUGUAAAACUUGAAAUUGGUAUGGUCCUCUCCCACCUUUUUAUUACUUACAUGUACAAUUAGAAAUGCAAGAAAAUUGUUUUUUUCUGUAUUUUAUUCACUAAGAUGAGAAUUGUCAGUAAUUCUAAGUAAAUUUCACAUUUAAGGUCAAAGUAUGGAAAGCAUCGGUGAACUUGAAUUCCUGACAAUUCUUACUUUAGUAAAUAACAUGGUUUUAAGAACCAAGUUGGAUACCUUAAAUGAAGACACCAAGGCUCCUUACAGCAAGCACUGCUCGGUUGCUUGGUAAGCGUGUUGUGCACUCUCAGUAUGUACUGUAUUUCUGAACUCUGGGCAUAGCUUAUUGCUCCUGAGUUCGUAUUCAGUUCUCCACUGAGUUUAGCUGUUCAUGGCAGAAUUCAGUGUAUAUACUUUUAAUGUGACUUGGCAUUGGCUCAUGGGCCAAAUAGCUUUCAGUUACUGGUUUGAAUAUGUCAUUAAGGUGAACCGUAAACUGACAUUACCUGUAUAAGCUGGGCUGUUCAUUGGUGUUGCACAAACUUGCUGUUUGUACCCUUACGGUUUAUUUAUUUUAUGUCCCUCAUCUGGCUGGAAAAAAAUACUAGUAUUUUACUACAUAAUUUCUUUUAAUCUCUGACCCUAUAGUCUAUGAUCUUAGAUAUAUACACAUUUUCAAAAAAAGCAGCAGACCUGCUAAAUGUGAUGCAUAUAAAAAUAACCAUAAAGCAGUGGAUUUUAUCAUGUGAUCAGAUUUAAGUUUAGUCUUAGUUAACUCAUUGGAGAAUUCACAUUUUUUUAAUGACCUGACUUGCCAAGCAGACCCUAAAACAUAGCCUUAAACACAGCACAGAAUCUUGAGUUGUGUGCUUUAAAUAUGUUGUAGAUUAUAAUUGAAUUGUUUUUGUCUAAAGCAGGCAACAUUGUUUUCUCUAUCCUAUACACAAGAAAGGUGUUGGCAGUUAUUUUAUUUGCCUGUAGCCUGUACAUGUUUAGUGUAUAAAUGUGCCAGGAAAGAUAUAUCCAGCGGCUGCACAAAGACGCUCCAAAGAUAUUUGCAAUGCUUACGACUGAUAAACAGUUCUGCAAUAGCUGGGGAUCUACAAAUUGGCCACCCCUAGUCUAGGUGUAUUGACCCUAAACCUAUAGCACUUAUAACACAUUUGGUUUAGAACCAUCUUGUUCAUAUCUAAUUAGACUUCACAAAACAUUAUAAAUGCCAGGUAUUUACUCGUCUAGCAGGUACUACAAAAUGAAGUAGAAUCUGUUGUUCUAGGAAAAAACUAGCAUUUUACAUCUGCUUCACGUUCAAUCAUUAUUCAAAUCAUGUACUGUAAAUUAUGGUUACAAUAUUACUACCAAAAGUGUAUGUAUAUAUAAAGUGUUCACCUUAAGUCUGCCUCUAUCAGUUGGCAUUCUGAUAGAAUCCUACAGAUAUACUGUACAACCUCCAGCACGGAAUGAGCAUUAAAAUAUGCACUAGCGAUUUUUCUUGCACAAUACAUAUAAAAGAUUGAACAUUUGGAAACCUAUACUAUAAUUUUUGUAAGAUAAACACAUUGUGGGGUAGGUUUAAAUUUCUAGUAGAGCUACUAUCACAAUAUAAUGUGUUGGGAAACAAAAAGUUAUAAAACAGUUGAUUUGAUUGACAACUUGCCUGCUUAUUAUUGCCAUUAUAAAGCUCACCUGAAUACAAGAGAGAGAAGUUAGUUACCAUAAAACUCAUACAAUUUGCAUAACGCUACCCAUGACCUUACACAAUUUAUGGGCCAGGGUACACCUUAACCCAUCACCAUAACUAUUACACUCCUGUUAUAGCAUCAGAUAAGGUAGGAGAAGAGAAGUGUCCUCAUGCUCAUAAGAUGAAAGUUGCUGUUACUGUUUUUUCCCUACUAUAGGAUCCAUCAAUUUAUGGUUUCCUCCAAAUUGCUGGCGAAGUAACUACAUGUUUCUGUUUAGGAUAACUCUGGUUAUUAUUGAGAGGUCCUGGAAACCCCUAGCAUUAUACUUUUUUUUUAUGCCUGGGUUCACAGGUUGCACUAGAGAUAAUAGUGUAGUUUAUUUUGUUGUUAUUGGGGUAUGGUGGGCAAUAGACUUAUUGACCAAAACACUUUUGUGCUGGUAAGAUUUUUCCUUGGAUGGUUGCCUAUUAUGGUAGAAAUAAGAUUGUCUGGUAAAUUAUGGUAGCAUAUUGCGCUGAGUGGUAGCUGAUUUACAAGUCCUUUAUGAGAUAGAUGCAUCCAUCACGCUUUUGCACUUAUUGUAUGGAAACGUAUAUGUAAGAUAUUAAUGGUAGCAAUCUGAUGGUUCAUGUAAUGACUCAUUGGAAUAUUUUGGUUCUAACAAUAAACCUUAUUACUAUUUAAUGCCAUGUUAUAUGUAAAAACUAUUUUACGUCUGUAGCUUUUGAAAUUGUUCAAAAUAUAUAACUGACCCUUCACUUUCUUGUGUUCAGGAAAAGUUAAAAGAAAUUAAUAUAGUAAAGCUUCAGUGUUCCAGGAGAACUUCAAAUACCUUGUAGUUUCAUUUUUGCAACAAUGUACUCACACUUAACUGUGCUCUUUAGUUGUCAAAUACCAAUAACACCAUUUUGGUCUUAUCAGAUUUAGCCUAUGACACAGACAUGCCAUAGGAUGGUUAUAGAUUGUAAUAAAAUCUUGAAUUUCCAUGUGAACCCCUUUAUUUAGUCUACACAAAACCAAUGCUUGUUAUUGGCAGUCGUGUUAGUGUAAUUAACCUUCAAAUAUUAAUUCGGUUUCUAGCUGGUCCUCCUAAGUUGAGCUGAAAUGUAUGGUUUAUUACAUAGGUAUUAUUUUGGUAGGCUCCUACAUUAUGAAUAUUGCAGCCAAUUUACUUGUAAGAGCAGCAUGCCAUAAUAAUCAGAAUUGCUGUUAACUAUUGUUGAGUAAAACUAAGUAAAAGUUAAUGGAUAGUCACCUUAAAACACAUUGUAUUGUCAUCCAUGAUAAUGGCAAUUCAUAUGUUUCCUCAAUGUCUUAUUGCAUUCUGAAUUAUUGUGUACUCUGUGUAUACAGUGUUUACAUUGCAUUGAUAUCAUUCAUGUCAUUCAAAGCCAGUUGUAAUAAGAGCGGCUUUUCCACUAACCCAUUCAAACUUUGUGUGUUAGUCAACAAGCAUGGAUAUUUCCCAUGUGUGCACAUUUCCAGAUAUGACAAUUGGAGCAUUUGAAUGGUGUGUAUGUGUGGAUAUAUGUCUCUCAAAUACACAUCCACCCACCUUUUUUACUUUCCUUUUUAUGGUUUGUCCGCGUCAUGAAACAUGAGUCGCAAAUCUUUGUUUUGAUGGUUUCUUUAAGAUGAUUGUAUCUGUUACAUUUAUACUAGGACUAGGUUACAUUGCAAUGAUGUUUAUCAAGUGGAACUUGACUGAGUGGACUAUGGUACAGUCAAACAGUUGGCUAUUACAAUGCUCAGAAUGUCAAUAUGAGGUAGUUUAGGACAUUACAGGAUGCCGUUCCUCACUGCAUCCAAGCUAGUGGUUGCAGAUUAGUCUGGUGAACAUUUAUAUGACCUGUAUAUCGUAAGGCUUCAUCUCAUGUAACCUAGUCCUUAUCUUUUCUAUGUAUUUUGUGUGAUACAAUAUUACUUUUUGGUAUCCUUUUUGGAAUAACCACAUUUCUUUGAUUCUGUAUGAACUUUUAUGAAUUUGGCAAUGAUCUUUGUUUAACAGAUACUGUUUGGAUGACCCUUAUAUAAAUGUAUGAUGCCAAUACUGAUGUUACAGUAUCGCUCACUCCAUUAGGAAUCUUACAAACUUUUUUUUGUUUACGCAACCUGAACAUUGUUUACAUUUACUGCAAUUGUUUGCCAGGUAAAAUGUUAACACAUUACAAAUAUGUUACAUGUUUUUGUUAUUUUACUUUAUUUUUAAUAGAGCUAAAUUAUGUAUUCUAGAUGAAAAUAAACUAAUUGAAAAGUGCA